ACUUACUCAGCGUAUGAGUUCUGCUUCUUUAUCUAAUGAUCUGCUGAGUGUUUCUAGCUCCUGUUACUUUAUUUUAGUUUAUAUAUUUGUAUAGAGCUCUGACAGUUGUUCGUGCACAGCUGAAUGAAGUCACGAGAUAAUAAAUGAAGGUAAUGAAAUGAUAAUGUGUGUGAUGUAGAUUUUACCAGACUUUUAAUUCUGUUCUCUGUAUUUGCAGCGUUUUCAGGCUUAUACUUUCAGUAUUUACAGGCCUUUACUCGAUGGAUCAGAAAGCUGUCUGAUAACAAACCAUAUCUGUGUGUGUGUGUGUGUGUGUUUAUUACCCUACCUCACUGCCCCUCCCCCUCUGCAGAAUAAACGGUUAGGAAGUGAAAGUGAAAGUCAGUCUCCAUUUUGUGUGGAGGGGAAAAUACAGCAUUUCAGGAGUAAAAACACAAGACUAUUUCCUGUAAGUGAACUCUGUGCUGAUACAGGGUUUGAUUUAACACACCGAUGUUGGAGUGAAGUAAACGUGUGUCCUGCUGUAAUCUGGAGAAGGAGACAUGACCUCCAACAUGAGUGUGUCUGGAGAACAGGACUUAAAGAGAGACGAGAGAAUGAUGGAGGGAAAGAGAUCAGACUCACCAGAACCCAGCUGUGUGUCCAUGAAGAGUGACCGGUCAAUGGAUCAUCCACUUCACUUCAGAGACGGAGCCAGUUCUCCUGAUGUGAGACCACAGCAGAAGAAAUCAAACCUCAGCAGAAAUCAGUUGGACUCCAUAUUCAAGGAGCUGGAACACAAAGUCAUCUCUCUGAUAAAGAAUGAGCUGAAGAGGUUUAGGAAGCUCCUGAGUCCAGAUUACCCAGCAUGCACUGAGAGGGAGGUGCAGGAUGAGGAGGAUCUGCACAGUGUCAGAGACGGAGCGCUGAAGAUCACACUGCAUGUCCUGAAGAACAUGAACCACACAGAUCUCGCUAACACACUGCACAACAAGUCUGUGGCCUCUGUGUAUCAGACAAAGCUGAAAUCCAGCCUGAGAGAGAAGUUUAAAAGAAUUAAUGAAGGAAUCUCACAGCAUGGAAGCUCAGCACUUCUGAAUGAGAUCUACACAGAGCUCUACAUCACAGAGGGUUGGAGUGGAGACGUCAAUAAUGAACAUGAGGUGAGACAGAUUGAGACAGCGUCCAGGAGACCAGCAACACAGGAGACACCCAUCAAAUGUAAUGAUCUCUUUAAAGACAAGUCCAUCAGAAGAGUGCUGACUAAAGGAGUUGCUGGAAUUGGAAAAACAGUCUCUGUGCAGAAGUUCAUUCUGGACUGGGCUGAAGGAAAAGCGAAUCAGGACGUCACCUUCAUGUUUCCACUUCCCUUUAGAGAGCUGAAUCUGAUGAAGCAGGAACAUCUCAGUCUGAUGGAUCUUCUUCAUCACUUUUUCCCUGAGAUGAGAAAACUACAGUUAAUAGACUCCUACAAAGUGGUGUUGAUCUUUGAUGGUCUGGAUGAGUGUCGACUUCCUCUAAAUUUCCAGAAGAAUGAGAGAUUGUGUGAUGUGACAGAGUCAGCCUCAGUGGAUGUGCUGCUGACGAACCUCAUCAAGGGGAAUCUGCUUCCCUCUGCUCUCCUCUGGAUCACCUCUCGACCAGGAGCAGCCAAUCAGAUCCCUCCUGAGUGUGUAGACCAGGUAACAGAGGUACGAGGGUUCAGUGAUCCUCAGAAAGAGGAGUACUUCAGGAAGAGGAUCAGUGAUCGGAGCCUGGCCAAUAAAAUCAUCUCACACAUGAAGUCUUCAAGAAGCCUCUACAUCAUGUGCCACAUCCCAGUCUUCUGCUGGAUCUCAGCGACUGUUCUAGAGAGAAUGUUGGGUGAAACAGAGAGUGGAGAGAUCCCCAAGACUCUGACUCAAAUGUUCACACACUUCCUGAUCUUUCAGAUCAAACACAAGGACCAAAAGUACCAUCAGAAAUGUGACCCUGAUCCUCAGCAGAGCAGAGAGAGUAUCCUGGCACUGGGAAAACUGGCUUUCCAACAGCUGGAGAAAGGAAACCUGAUCUUCUAUGAGGAAGACCUGAGAGAGUGUGGCAUUGAUGUGAGAGAAGUGUCAGUGUACUCAGGAGUGUGUACCCAAAUCUUCAGAGAGGAGUUUGGGCUUCACCUGGGGAAGGUGUUCAGCUUUGUACAUCUGAGUGUUCAGGAGUUUCUGGCUGCUUUAUACACAUUUCUCUCCUUCAUCAGCAGAAAUGUAACAGAACAACCAACCACUGAUCUGUCUGAUCUUCUCAACAAGUCAGACAUGUCUGAUCUCCUCAUGAGUGCAGUGGACAAGGCCUUACAGAGUGAGAACGGACACCUGGACCUGUUCCUCCGCUUCCUUCUGGGUCUCUCACUGGAGUCCAAUCAGACUCUCUUACGAGGCUUAAUGCCCCAGACAGGAAGCAGCUCUCACAGCAAACAGGAAACAGUCGAGUACAUCAAGGAGAAGAUCAGGGAGAAUCCAUCUCCAGAGAAAUCCAUCAAUCUGUUCCACUGUCUGAAUGAACUGAAUGAUCAUUCUCUAGUGCAGGAAGUACAGACUUACCUGAAAAGAGGAGGCUACAGUCGUCUCAGUGGAACCAGACUCUCUCCUGCUCAGUGGUCAGCUCUGGUGUUUGUGUUACUGAACUCAGAUCAGGAGCUGGAUGAGUUUGAUUUGAGGAAAUAUGACCCAUCAGAGGAAUGUCUUCUGAAGCUGCUGCCAGUGGUCAAAGCCUCCAGAAGAGCUGAGCUGCGUGAGUGUAAUCUGACAGAGGAAAGCUGUAGAGUUCUGUCCUCAGUUCUCAGAUCAAACUCCUCCAGACUGAGAGAACUGAACCUGAGUUACAAUAACCUGCAGGAUUCAGGAGCGAAGCUGCUCUCUGCUGGACUGGAGAAUCCACACUGUACACUGGAGAAACUGAGGCUGUGUGUGUGUGAUCUGACAGAGGAAAGCUGUAGAGUUCUGUCCUCAGUUCUCAGAUCAAACUCCUCCAGACUGAGAGAACUGAACCUGAGUUACAAUAACCUGCAGGAUUCAGGAGCGAAGCUGCUCUCUGCUGGACUGGAGAAUCCACACUGUACACUGGAGAUACUGAGGCUGUGGGGGUGUGAUCUGACAGAGGAAAGCUGUAGAGUUCUGUCCUCAGUUCUCAGAUCAAACUCCUCCAGACUGAGAGAACUGGACCUGAGGGACAAUAACCUGCAGGAUUCAGGAGUGAAGCUGCUCUCUGCUGGACUGGAGAAUCCACACUGUACACUGGAGAAACUGAGGCUGUGUGUGUGUGAUCUGACAGAGGAAAGCUGUAGAGUUCUGUCCUCAGUUCUCAGAUCAAACUCCUCCAGACUGAGAGAACUGAACCUGAGUGACAAUAACCUGCAGGAUUCAGGAGUGAAGCUGCUCUCUGCUGGACUGGAGAAUCCACACUGUACACUGGAGAAACUGAGGAUGUGGAACUGCAGGAUUACAGAUGAAGGUUGUGCUGCUCUGGCUUCUGCUCUGAGGUCAAACUCCUCAUCACACCUGAGAGAACUGGAUCUGAAGGGUAAUAAACCAGGAGAAUCAGGAGUGAAGCUGCUCUCUGAUCUACUGAAGGAUCCACACUGUAACCUGGAGACACUACACAUUAACUAUAAUAAACUCACCAGGACUGGCGUAUGACGGGAGUCUCACCUCAAACCUCUUCUCCAGGAUAAAGCAGUCUUGGUGAAGAGUUAGAACCCGUCCCACAUUUCCAGCAGUUUGGGAGCUGAAUCAUUAAACUUAAAGGGGCAGAGCAGAAACAAAGUCAAGAACAGGCAGAAGGUCGUACACAGGAGAAAUCAACACACGUAACCAAAUAUCUGCUGUACAAAGCAACGGCACCGAUCUGCCCCGGGGAUGGAGACUGACGAGGCUUAAGUACACGUCCGGAAAUGUACAGCCAACUCAUCCCAAAGCACGAGGCGGGAGCAGGCGUGUACGAGAUGUGAUCGUCCAAUGGCAAGCCGGAACAUGACGCACUGCAGUGGGCUGGGCUUAAAAGAGGAGGAGACAAGACACCCAUCCCUCCCCCGACAUAGACACACGAAUGGAACACAGUACAAACAGAAAUACAACUGAGGACGUAACAAUGGCCAAGUAUCAAAUAAAAUGUAAACUUGCAUUGAUGAAGUUAAUGUUGUUAGUAAAUGUUUAUAAAUUACCAUGGUAACACAGAGCUCCAAGGUAUAAAAAUAUGGAGUUUGUCAUCAAUCAAACAGUAACCAGUUUUAAAACCUAAAAAAGUUUACGUAGCAAAAUUUAGCAAAGCGCUUUACAGUAAAUUAAAAUGUAAAAUUAAACUAAUGAAAUGUUGUGCAGCACAUGCUUAUGUUAAUGUUUGUUACAUUAUAUGAUCAUAUAAAUAAAUAAAUACUCCCAAAGUCA